GUUAUUUCGCCGCCCUCCAUAGUUUCCAUUGGCGUCCACACCAAAAUCAACACCCAAACCUCCACCUCCACAAAACUUCAAAAUUUCCUCCUCCAGUUUCGCAGUUGCAGACGAUUUAGGGUUAGGGUUUUUGAAAGGGGUUUUCUGCUUCAGGCUUUUCUGCUGCUUCUGAGGUCCAAAGGAGGAGUCUUUAUCGGGUGAUCUUUGUCACCAAGAUGCCAAUGUUGACUGCUGCAAGUACAAUCGUUAACUCGCCUGUAUUGCCAGCAGGUCAAUGCCGUGGACAAUUUAAGCUUUCUAGCCGUGGACCGAAAAAGGUACAUGUUGAUGGAAAAAUGGUGCAUCUUAAGAUGGGAGCGGUGGGGCUUGCACAGUUUCCACUCGAGAGAAGAAAUCCAGUCAUGGUUUCCUGUCGAACACAGUCUGCUUCUGUAAUAUGCGCUAGUGCUUUGAAUGCCAGAUGCGGUGCAGAACAAACGCAGACUGUUACACGUGAGGCUCCAACAAUUACACAUCUUCCUGGCAAGGAGAAGUCUCCACUGCUUGAUGAUGGUGGGAGUGGCUUCCCUCCUCGUGACGAUGGUGAUGGUGGUGGCGGUGGAGGCGGCGGUGGAGGCAACUGGUCCGGAGGCUUUGCCUUUUUCGGCUUUCUACUUUUCCUAAGCUUCUUAAAGGAUAAAGAAAGUGAGGGUUCAUAUAGAGAAAAUAGGAGAAGGUGAUGGAAUUAGAGCGGACGUAUUGUGAAGAUUUUGCAUUGUAUUUUUUCUGCGCAAAUGAAUAAUAAUCAACUUUUAUACUUCGAAAAAGAUCUGUUUAAUGUACGGUUGCCUAAUAUUUAGGCAUCAACAUUCAACACAGCUUUGUAUUCGUUUUCAUA